AUGGACGAGUUAUGCAACAAUUUCAAAAUCGAACACCAUAAUUCAUUACCCUACAAGCCUAAGAAGAAUGACGCAGUAGAAACAGCUAACAAGAAUAUCAAAAAGAUUAUCCAUAAGAGGGUGAAAACCUAUAAAUAUUGCCACAAGAUUCUACCUUUCGCAUUACACGGUUAUAGAACAUCGGUCCGCAAUUCGACAGGAGCAACUCCAUUUUCUUUGGUAUAUGGCACUGAAGCGGUACUUCCUAUUGAAAUCAAAAUUCCCUCUCUGAGAGUCCUGGUGGAAACUAAAUUGGAAAAGGCAGAAUGGACAGUUAUAUCAGCGGAGGCUGAAGAAAGCAUUCGACAAGAAAGUUUGCCCUCGUCUACUCGAAGAAGGCGACCUAGUGCUCAGGAAAAUCUUACCCGUCCACAAAGAUCCUCGCGGAAAAUGGACCCCAAACUAUGA